AUUCCAGGCACUGUGCGACUCGGCGUCUUCACUUCUCACUCUAGGGGAACUGCUGCAUAGCCUUCGUUGGCUGGACUGAUUGGUUGUAUCGCAGCUCUUACCUUCAUUUCUUCUUUCGUUCUGGUCCACUGCACAGCGAGUCGAAUAGAUCGCCAGAGAUAAUGACUUCCAUCUACAUUGACGAGGAUGUCGGAAGGGACGACUCUACUGCGACCGGAUCUGAAUCCGCCCCCUACAAGACGCUUGUCCACGCUUUCCUGCAGCACGCCCCGAGCGAGGGCUUCCAAUAUCUGACGCGCAAAUCCCAGACCGAGCCCGCUGAGAAGGAUACUAACAAGCUGGAGUGGAAGCCGGCCACUAAGUCGGCGGUGAAGAAAGCCACCAACCUUUACGAGGCACGGAAAAAGAAGGCCGCGAAGGAACAGGAGUUGGCAAUCCGUGAGAAGGACGAGGCGGAUAAGCGUCGCCUCGUCCUAGAGGAGGCAAAGAAGGUCAUUAUCAAGGAAGACUCGUCUCUACCUAAGCCAGUCAGAAUUCGCCUUGACGUGACCGACCCGGCCAUUGUCAAACUAGGAAGCCCUGAGUCGGAGACCCCAGGUACUCGUGUUCGCGUUCUGGGCAGAGUUCAUCGCCUUCGUGCCCAGAAGGGUGUCGUUUUCCUCACUCUUGCAGACGGUUACGGCUAUCUCCAAUGCAUUUUGACGGGAGACAUGGUCAAGUCCUAUGAUAUUAUGACUCUUACCCUCGAAACCUCCAUGGCAAUCCAUGGUGAAAUGCGUUCUGUCCCACCCAAGCAGCAUGCCCCCAACAACCGUGAACUUCACGCAGAUUUCUUCACUAUCAUUGGUCGUGCCGCCGGUGACAAGGAGGCCAUUACCACGCGAGUUGCCCCGGAUGCGGACCCUCAGACCCUCUACGACAACCGUCACCUUGUCCUCCGUGGCGAGACUGCUUCCGCUGUCAUGAAGGUGCGCGCUGCAGCUCUUCGGGCCUUCCGCAAAACUUUCGAGGAGAACCGCAUGCUAGAAGUGACCCCCCCGGCCAUGGUACAGACUCAGGUCGAGGGUGGCAGCACCCUGUUCAAGUUUGACUACUACGGCGAGAAUGCCUACCUCACUCAGUCCUCCCAACUGUAUCUGGAAACCUGUCUCCCAUCUUUAGGAGAUGUUUUCUGUGUCUGUCCAUCUUUCCGUGCUGAGAAGUCCCUCACUCGUCGCCACUUGUCAGAGUAUACUCACAUCGAAGCUGAGCUUGACUUCAUCACUUUUACCGAUCUCCUGGAUCACUUAGAAGCUGUAAUCUGCCGUGUCAUUGACUUUAUCCUGGCUGAUCCUGAGGCUGCAGCCUACAUCAAACAACUCAACCCCGACUUCAGGCCCCCCAGCCGUCCCUUCCGUCGCAUGAAGUACUCCGACGCCAUUCAAUGGCUGAUCGAGCACGAAAUCCCCAACGAAGAAGGCGAGCCCCACAAAUUCGGUGAUGACAUCGCCGAGGCUGCCGAGCGCAAGAUGACCGACAUCAUCAACCAGCCCAUCUUCCUCACUCACUUCCCCUCUGAUAUCAAGGCUUUCUACAUGAAGAAAGAUCCCGAGGACCGCCGUGUCACCGAGAGUGUCGAUGUGCUCAUGCCCGGUGUCGGCGAGAUUGUCGGCGGCAGUAUGAGAAUGGACGACUGGGACGAGCUCAUGAACGCCUAUAAGCAUGAGGGCAUGGACCCCUCCCCCUACUACUGGUACACGGACCAGCGCAAGUAAGCUUCCUUCCAUAUAUUACUAUUUCGCUUAAAGGAUACUAACUCGUCACCCAAAGGUACGGUACCUCCCCUCACGGUGGAUAUGGUCUCGGCCUUGAGCGAUUCCUGGCUUGGCUGUGCGCCCGUUACACUGUCAGAGAUUGCAGCUUGUAUCCUCGAUUCACAGGCCGUUGCACACCUUAAGAUAUCUAUUACAUUAGAUGAGUUCCAUACAUAUGUGAAUGACUUAGUGCAGAUUCGGUACAUCUGGUUUCCUGUAGUUCGUUUUUUCUUUAGUAAGAGGCAACAUGUCGACACGAUAUACAUACAGCCCUAAUCGUAUUUCAACAGG